AUGGCAGCAAGGGAGGCUCAGAUGAGCUGGGGGCUCCAACCUUCCCAGGUACGACCAGGUUACAAAACCCAGGGGGGUUCGGACCAAGACCCUGCAAAACUUUCCGACGAGGAUCUGCAAAAUGAGACGGUCUCAAUUCAAAAUUUGGAAACCAAUGAAUCAAUUCGGAAAAAAGAAGACGGGCUUGGCAAUAUUUACGCCGAGCAUAGCAGAUCUAUCUCUAACGCAGAUCCAGGAUUGCUGUCUCGAGGCCAGUUUCAAGAAGAGCAGACACAGUCUCCAAUGGACACAGCCUUCAACGCUUCACAAAUGGUGCCCGAUGAAGAGUUCAAAGAAUUUAGCCCGGAGCCGUACGAAGGGUUGGAUCAGCUUCCCUGGGCAAUCCCUCAGUUGACCUAUAGUUCAUAUGACUCGACAACCGGCGUGGAGCAGCAACCAGAAUCGGAGAGGGAUCUUGGACCAGACAGUCUGCCUCAGAUUAGCCUAUCCAAAGCCAAUUUCAAUCGGUAUAUUGAAGAACCUCAACCGGAGAAUGAUGAUGAAGGUGGAGGUGGCGAUGGGGGUGGGGUUGGUGAUGGAGGUGGAGGUGGCUUUUCUGAAAGUUCCAGCUGGCGUCAAGUCUCUAACCUGAUGAAAGGAGUUACCACUUCGACAGAAACAGAAAAUAAGACAUCAGUCUUCAUUCCAGCACUUCAGAAGGGAGAAUUGCACAGAAAGGAUGGAAAUAUGACGGCAGGCCCAGACUAUUCACGGCAGAACUGGGCAGACUUUUAUCGCCCAGAAUGGAUAGAUCCCACAUCUGGCUCUCAGUCUUUGGAAGAAGAUGCAACACAUAACUCUCAAGUUCGGUCUGAGGAUGGCCAUCCAUUAAUAGUGGAGACUGUUCCAUCGCAUAAUUACAUGGAUGAAGAAUACCAUCAGGACAGUCAAGGAGGCAGCCAUGUGAAUGCGACAAAUACCGAAAAAGAAACACAGCCAAUAGCCUUCGCAUUGAAUGGAAUGACUUUGAAUCUCGAUGAUCAGGAGGGUCUCAAGGGAAAAUCCAUCAGUAUUCGUACGGGAGAUCGAGGGUCUAUUCGACUUGAUAAUCCCGAUGGGCCGACCCCGGCACCCAACCGAUCUUCAAACUCAUAUGUGGAAGAUUCCCCCUACUAUGAUAAGACGGGCGGUAGUAUUCGUCGACAGGCACCAGAGAAUGGGCGGCAUACACGCGAUCGCAAAAUCGACCAUCGGCCAGAUUCACAUCAAAGCUCACAGCCAUGGAAAAUUCCCGAGCUGAAUGUGGUUCCCCCACCAGGUGAUGAGGCUGACACAAAAGAAGAGCCUGUAUUGCGUUCUAGCCCAGCUCUUGACAGUGGCUCUCUUGUGUCCUGGGGACAAGCUGAAACGCAGGGGUAUGGAAUCCCAUCUGAUGAUGAACCGGAUGAAAACCGACCACAGGUACAAACAGAAGAAAGGGUUCCGAGACGUCGUGAGCGUGACUCUGCCGGCUCUGCAAACAGACAUGGACGAAGACCGGGUAUAUCAUUUCCAGACUACGAGAGCUUCUCUGAUUACUACAUGAAAAAAGAGGACCACGGGCCCCAGAGAGAACUAGCAUUGGAAGAGCUUCCAGAGCCGAGAAGCUCGGAAAUUCUUUUCGACGGGAUCAAACUCUCAUCUCAAUUUUUUAUUCACAAUGUCUCAGCCAGGUGA